AUGGACGACGGUGGGAGUUGGGUUUCGGCGAUGACUAGGGGGACUACAGGGGUGGGGGGUAUAGCCGAUUCUUCUUCUUUAUUCUACGAUUCUUCUUCUCUGCCUUCUGUUCUUGUUGUUAUCGUUCCAUUGUCGGCUUCUUCCUUCUCCAUUGAAGGCUGUUACAACACACUAAGAUGCAAAAACGCAUCACAAGCAUUCCAUCAAGCCAUGGACUGGUUUUCAUGGCUAUCAAAAACUAAUCUUAAACCUCCAUUCAUUCACGAAUACGCUGUAGCAUUCUCCCAAAAUCAACUCGAAGAAGACGAUAUCGCUUAUUUCAACCAUGAAUUCCUUCAAAGCAUGGGAAUCUCCAUAGCCAAACACAGGCUUGAGAUACUCAAGCUCGCAAAAGGCUCAUCUGCUUGGCAGCCAAUGGCUAAAAUAAUGAUAGCGAUCAAGAAAACCACAAGAACCUUGGGUAGUUACAUUCGAACAUGGGUGCACCACAAUGAUUCGGCUAUGAUCAGGGUUAAGAGGAGAAGUUACAGUUCAAGAUGGAAAGAGGCCAUGGCCAAGAGGAGCAACAGGUUGGUGAUGAACAGACGAGGCUCUGCAACUCUUUUGAUCAAUAAUGGCUACCCGCCGGUGGUUAAAUCCGGAGGCGCGAGAGUGAAUAGCUUAUCGAGUCCAUUAGUUUACGAUCUCCACUAUGACCAAGGGAAAACAGACGGCGGCGACGAUGAAGGAAAUUGCUUCACCGACGAUGAAGACGACGACGGCGAUGGUGGCAGAUAUUGGUCUGGUAGAGGUGUUGAAGAGAUCAAGUGGGACGCUAUGUUCCACAACUUAAAACCCACUUAG